AUGGAAAACUAUAAAUCUUUGAUUGAUAUGCAAGUAGAAAAAGAAACACCUGUGGUUACCUUUCAGGAUAACAUGCAGCUGAUGCGGACAUCAAUGAGGCACCUCAGACUUUCUAAGUUGCAUAAAGAUAAAGUGAAGCAGAAUAAAAUAUGGGAUUUUACUGUUUGUGGCUGGCGUGUGGUGGAUAUAAGUGGGAUAGAAGAUUUGUUUCAAUAUAAGUCAUCUGUUGAACCACAACGAGCUUUUAAAGAUUUGAAAUACGAAGACCUUAUCAGUACGUAAAAAAUAUCGACCACAAGUGGACUUGUCUAAAUACAUCCUUUCGAUAAUGACGUCAUAAAUACUUUUUUGGCCUGGGAGCAUGAAACAAGAGUGAGGCUCCCAAGCCAGAAAGUAUUUAUGAUGUAAUUAUCGAAAAGACAUAUUAUUUUUCGGGUUCAAUGUGAUAUUUCAUGUACUCACUAUAAGGCUCACUGGUGACCGAACUGGCAGUUCAACAUUCAAAACAAGUUUUAUACUUUUGCAUAUGUAUUAAAAGUGUAUUAUUUAAACUUUUGUUUUACAGAAAAUAACCCACCUCAUGAGUACAAAUGGAAAGAAUUCCGGGAGCGCAAUAGAUUGUGGAAAAUGGAUGUCGCUUUUAACACUGUUAACGUAACAAAAGAACAACUGAGGAACAUGAGAAGUGAAGAUUUACAGCGUAUGUUAUCUCAAUCACUCGAAUCAGAGACAUCACAGCAAUAUAAGAUAGUUGUUCCUAGCAUCCCAUACGAAUUUCCAGACAUGGCAGCAAAAGAAGCACAAAUAUAUCCAUUGCCAAUUUCUCAUGAAAACUAGUGCACCACCCUAGGAGCUGCCAGCAAUUUGGAUCUGUUUAAAAAAGAAUUUGAUUUUGUCUCUGACAAACAGCCGAAAUUUAUCCCUCUUCAAAGCUCUGGAAAGGAUUUCGACCUUGACAGAGCGUACAAAUGGUUUGCUUUUUUAAAAAGCCUAGAAUAUCACAAGAAAACCCAACAUGAUUACGAACAAAUUUUGCAUGGAAAAGGUACAGUUGAAGAAAUAACCGAAAACGGUGAUGAAGAAAUCAUUGCUGUUGUGAAUCAAGAUGACGAAGAGGAUUCAAUGAGUGAUUGA